GCACGCCAUAACGCAUUUAAACAGAGUUCUAAUAGACUACUAGUUUGCAUCUAUAUGAAUGAUGACAGAUAAUUUGAUUUCAGCAUUUAUAUUUAUUAUAACAGGUCUCCCUCUAACUCUUGGAGAUUGUCAUUUGAGCCCCUCGACUAUCACAAGUAGAAACGGAAACAUACCAAUUUCUUAUGUUACCGGCAGUCGUUACAACGACAACCAAAACUGUGAAUGGAAAUUUUCUCCGAAAAGUGAAUGGACGUUUGUGAAAAUCCAGAUCGAUCCAUACGAUAUACAGUCCAACAGUCAGGAUUGCAAAGAAGAUGUUUUAAUCAUAGGAGGUAAAAUGUUCUGUCAGAAAAGAGAUUAUAAAACGUGCAUUAUUUUGAGCAAAACGGAGAAAAGUGUUCGCAAUUGCAACGUUAGUGGAUGUACAGUUUACACACCAAACCCUUGGCCACCGACCAUUCAGUUCAUAUCAGAUGAAUCACAGACUGGAUCAUUGUUUUCGUUGCAAUAUUCAUUCAAAAGCUGCAAGUCGACUCUACGCCCACGCAUACAUGUACCAACGGAUGGCGAAAAAAAAUAUGGCAGAAAGCGUGUUGUACCAAAGAAAGAAUUUACUACAACUGACCUGUGGACCACAGUGAUGGACAUAGAAACAAGAAGUAACAACAAUAAAGAUAUUUCAAAUAAUCAGAAUCACAUAUAUGCUAUUCUUGGAAGCAUUAUUGGCAUUCUUGUUGCUACAGUUGCAGUAAUUCUAUUUUGCAGAUUGGUGAGAAAAAGACAACAACAGACAGUGGAACAACCCCGUUCCAUGGAGGAAACUGAAAACGGGACAUUGACAAGUGGAAAUAUACCGGCGUCAAACUCUAUAAAUGUAUACGAAACUAUUCAGGAUGGAAUCAGUUUUGCCAGAUCGGUUGACGAUCCCGCAGUGCCAGCAUACGGUGUUAUGAUAGACAAUAUAUUGUACAAUGAACAUUAUCCAAAUAUAAAUUGAAUGCUUUAUCGCCCUAUAUUAUAAGACAUCAGUUGUGCAUUUACUGAAAAAAAAAAAAAGUUUUUCAAACCGAAAUAUUCCAAUUAACAGUCGUAGCAUAGCAUAGCUAUUUUUCUAUAUAUUUUAUGAAUAUGUGAGUUAAACCUCUCAACACUUCUAAUAUGGUAAAACGUUAUUAUGAAAAUAUAACCUAAUUAGGCUAUAUGAAAUAUUACAAAUACAUUCCAAAAAGUUUAUAUAUUCAUGAUUUUUUUGCCUUGUUUUUUUUACAAAAGAAACCAAAUAAUAAUAAUUCAACAAAAGCUUGUCUGAAGUUAAUGCAAUUGCGCAUUCUAAUAAUUUUAACUUCUUAAAUACGUGACAUCGUUGCUUAUGUUGCUGGCAUGUUGAAUUUAUGAAACAUGAACUUGCUUAUAUUGAUCGUCAACAACGUCAAAAAAGAUCAAACGAACUUAAAAUGUGUGUUUACUUAUUUAUCCCCAUGGGAUUACAGAUACGGAUUAAAAUUUCUCCUUGAAGUCUUUCAAUGUCUACACUCCAGGUGAGU